AUGAUCGCACGAACAAAUCAAGGCUAUCACAGAAUCCAUCAUAGUCCGAUUUUCGUGAAAUUUACGAAAAUGCUAUUGAAUUCAAGUAGCUACGAGCUACAGCAUCCUAACGCGGACUUUGAAAUAUACGAAGACAAGGUUAUGUCAGCACGUGGUCGGCUUCGCACAUUGCGUAACGAGUUGCAAGCACCGGUUAAAGAGGAGCAGUCAAUCUCUCUUGCGAAAUUAGUUGAACAGCAAGCAUCAUUUUUGCAACAGUUCACGGCGGCGCCCAUACAGGCAGCUGCACCCAAAGAAAGCGACUUGCCAAAAAUUAUUAUACCGCCGUUUACGGGCCAGUAUAAGGCGUGGCCGUCGUUUAAAGACCUCUUUGUUAGUGCUGUCCAUGAAAAAGCUAACCUCACUAACACGCAGAAGUUCCACUAUCUGAAAUCAUUUUUAGAGGAAGAGGCCGCGCGAAUGUUUAUGCAUAUUCCAGUGACUGAUAAGUCUUACGAUACGGCAUGGGCACGGUUAAACGAACGAUACGAUCGACCGCGUCAUAUUGUCGCAUCAUUUAUUGAAACCUUUGUGGCACUGUCCUCAACCAUUAAUGAGGAUGUAAAAGCUUUACGCAAAAUUUCUGCUGGUGCCAACGAGGUUAUACGAGGCUUGGACGCUAUCGGAAGGGGUGGGCGCGACUGCUGGCUGAUCUACUGGCUGGAGUCCAAGUUAUACACUGAAUCAAGACGUAAGUGGAUUGAGGAGAGCAAAGAGGUUAGUGUGCCUACAAUUACUGAUUUUUUUAAGUUUUUGGACUCUCGCUGCGAGGAACUUGAAUUGACACACCCAAAGCCCUCUUUAGAUGGCAAGAUCUCCUCACCAUCCAGCAACAAAUUACGUAACUCUACCGCACGGGCAUUUGUUUCCAUCGACGAUUGCAGCGCAACUCAUAAAUGCAUCAAAUGCGGUUCCACGAAUCACACAAUUCAAAAAUGUCCAACCUUUUCAAGCAUGUCUUUUCAAGAUCGUCGUCUGCUAGUCAAAGACAAAUCGCUCUGUUUCAAUUGCCUAAGGGCAGGGCAUACGUCGAGUACAUGUGUAUCUAAGUUUCGUUGCAGACGUUGCAACCGACGACACCACACUAUGUUACACGCCGAGUCUUCUGGGCCGAUUCCGGAAGUACCGUCAACAGCACCGGCAGCAUCACCACAUGUUUCAGUGACACCCGUUGCGUCCACAACAGCAGAUGAAGCCUGGAAAUCUUAUCUUAAUGUGAUAGCACAUCUACUUUGUUCGAAAUGCAUGCAAUUGAUAUCACGAAAUAUGCCACACGUUCAAUAA